AUGGCGCGCGCCGCCGGCCGCCGUCAGCGCCGCGCCCCGGACGCGCGGGCCACGGCGCGGGGCCCCAGCGGCCGGGCCGGGGCGCGGGCGGGGCCGACGGCGGAACGCGGAAGGGCGCGCGCGGCGCAGCGCCCGGGCGCGCGGGUCCGGCCCCUCCGCGGAACUUGGCGGCGGGCGGGGCGCGUGCGCGCGGGGCGGGGGGGCGGGGUCCGGCGUCCGGCCACGCGCGGGGCGGGGGGGCCCGAACAUGGCCGACCCGAGGCCCAGCCGGCGGCCAAUCGGAGGGGCGCGGGGCGGACUACCUGUCGGGCGGGGCGCGGCCCACCUGCGGCCAAUGGGAGCGCGCGCGGCCCGGCUCCGCCCGGCGCCCGGCGCCCCCCGCCCGCCCCGCGCGCGCGGGCCCCCGGGGGAGCGGGCUCCCGGGGCCGCGGUUCCCCGGUGGGGCCCCCGCGCGGCGCCCCGUGGACGUGUUGGACGUUCAGGCCUGCGGCCCGGCGCAGCCACGCUGAGUCGAAAACCCAGCAGUCCGCGCUGACCCGCCCGAGUAACUCGGGAGAGCGCGAGGCCGCGAGCCGCUGGGCUGGGGCACAGCGGGCACCGGUCGCCCGGGACGAGUGCGGCCGCCGCCCAGACCCUGCCUUCCCAACGGCGCUCGCACCGCGCGACCCGCGUCCGGCCGGCGCACGGCUGCGGAGACAGACUUCGAGGAGCAGAGAGCCCAGCGAAGGUCAAGGCAGGCAGGUCCGGGCUCAGGGGGUUCUCCCGGACGCAGGAGGUUUGUCUACAGUCGCCAGCCUGCUCCCUCUGCUCCAGGUCACUCCUCGGUUCGGGACAAGGAGGCUGCGUUUCUCCAGGUCGCCCGUGACCCUCACUUCUGAAUCCACAUCCUCGCUGGGUCGUACUAACGGCCCGUCGCCUCCCGACUCAGGCAGACGGGUGCCUCGGGCCAACCAGCAACCGUCGCCACACCCACUGAGGUCCCUGCGUGGACCCUGCUUUUGGGUCCUGGAAGAGUCGCGGGGCUGCCACCUGCUGGUGUGAUGACAGCAGCCUGGCUCCGCUGGUGGAACGUGGGAGGAGUCCCUAAAGGUACACCUGAGAUGGAAACCUUUGCCAAAGGGCACUCGCAUCUGAGUUUCCUGUGGAUGCUGAAACCAAGGACCACACACCGGGGGCGCAGAGCAGCAGAAAUCUGUCCUCUCGGCCUGGAGGCCAGAAGCCCCCAGUGAGGGUGAGAGCAGGGCUGGUUCCUUCUGGCGGCUGCAGGGAGGGUGCUUGCCAGCCUCUCCCCCAGAUUCCGUGCUUUGCCUACCACCUCGGGCUUCUUGGCUUGCGGACACGUCUCCGCCUCUGUCCCCACGCGGCGUCUCCGUCCCACUGUGUCCUCCUCGUACAUGAGGGCACUAAGGGUUGGAUCCGGGGCCCACCCUGACCGAUGAGGACUUCGUCUAAACGCGCCUCUUAACUGCAUCUUCAAACACCCGAUUUCCAACAUCACGCGCACCGUGACGACUGACAUCUUCUGGGGGACACGAUUCACCCCGUUAUCCUUACGCUCUUUAGAAUCUUGCCACCCAUCCCCCCACCCUCCCGCUGCCCCUCACCGCAGCCAGACUGACAGCCGGGACCAGAUCGCGACGGCCCGAGCGGGGGCGCGGAGAACCUGCAGCUCCCGGCUCACGCGUGCUCGGCUGUGCGGGCGCGGCUCUGGGGGCUGUCGGACUGGGGGGCGGGGGGACGUCAGGCUGGACGGGGGGCGGUUGGUUGACGUGGGAGCUCACCUACGACUGGGGUGGACCGUCCAGGCGAGGCAGUGCCGGGCCUCAUACAGUUGGGGCAGCUCCCUGAAGCUGGGACGCCACGGUGGAGACACUGGACCGGCUUUGGAAGCGAGUGAAGAGGGGCCCGGAGACUCGAGGGUGGGGGGAGCGCUGUGGGCAUGAGUGCAGGGAGCCACCAGCUGACUGGGUCCCCAGGAGGGCCCAGGAGACAGGCCUUUCACUAAAGCCACAAGAAAGGCGCAGGCGAGGGGGCCCAGUGUUGCCGAGGAGCCGGAGGAAGCGCCCCCGGGUCCCGAGACAGCAGAGGUGCCCGCAACCGCGGAGGAGGCGGGGCGGCCACGGUCCCGGGAAGGAAACCGGGGUGCGUCUCCCUGACCCGCUUUAUGGAGGGGGUCGUGCUCACUGGACCUGGUGGGCGGGGAGUGGCGAGGACCCUGUGUGUCCCGGGAGGUACAGCACCUGCCGGCCAGAGGACACACAGACCCUGCCAGGUUCAGGGUUCUGCCUCACCGGGGAAGUUCUGAUCGCGCCGGGAGCCCCCCCCCUCGCCUCAGGUGCCCCGUGCCCGACGGGCUUCUCCGAACAGCCGAGGCAGCAGACACCACGCUUGACACAGGUUUGGAGCGGGGCCGUGGCUCCUCGGCAGGUCCGGUCGGGGUGAGAUCCUUCUGAUCUGGAGGCCCAGUGGUGGGUGCAGAAGCCCCCGCUGGGGAGUGUUGUGGGGGCCCCUGGGACACGGGUGAGCAGAGCUGCCCGCACGGAGGACUGUGCACCGGGUGGAAGCAGCUGCCGGCAGGGGACGGGCCCCGCGGAGGCGGGAUGCCUGACCUGGGCGCACUGUCCACCGCCGGCUGGGGUUGCCAAGCGGGUGCGGCGGCUGUCCAGCCGCAGUGGAAGUGGACAUGGGACUUAGGACCAAGAGAGUCUCGGGGGCGAGGAAAUGACAGGAAAGGUGCCCGGACGCCACGGCACGGUUGCCUCCCCUCGGCUCGAGUCUGCAGCCUUUUGGGGUGGGGCCCCGAAUCAAGUGACAGAGACGGUGGGCUGGUCCACGGGUGCGCCAGCUUGGGGUCGGCCCAAGGUGACGGUGGACCGUGGUGCCACCCAGCCCCGCCCGAGCGUGCUAUAAAAGAACAGUGGUGACAGCGGCCAGUGGAGAGCCCCGCAGGCGGGAAUCUGAGAGGCACCCUUGACUCUCAAGGUUGUAGGACGCACCUCUCUGGCUCCCACAGCCCACGGGCAGAGUGGGCCACAGAGGCAGGCGCCCGGCGAGGGGACCGAGGCGUGCCCCUCGGAACCGGGGUCUGGUCACUGCGCCAGGAGGUGACCUAAGCGAGCAGAAGCGCUGGCCGGGGAUGGUGUGGGGGGAGGGGGACUCUGAUUACAGCCCCGGGCCGGCCGUGGCCGUGGCCCCACCUGCGGCUCCUUCCACUAAACCUCGUUGUCUUUUGUUGCUGCUGCUGCAACAGCCACCACCUUGACGUUCCAGCGCCGUCCUGGGCAGAUGUGGGCACGGAGGGGGUGACGGCCGGCUGCUGCCCUGCUGUAAGCUCAGCCCCUCCAGCGCCCUCCGGGGUGCCGGGAGGGCCGCUCAGUUGGCAGGCAGGCAGCCCUCGGGGAGGGCGCUGGUGGUAAAGCCCCAGCCCCUCCUUCUUCAAAAGGACAACUCGAGGUCCACUCCCCAGGGCUCCGCAGGGGUCCCCACUGGGACUGGGACCUGGUGGCCCCAGGACAGUCCAGCUCCUUGUAGACUUUCCCUCCUUCCUCUGUGCCCCCACCCCCACUCCUGCGUCAGGGGUGUCACCCACUGCACUGGGUUAGACAGCGUCCCCCAGUUCAUGUGCAUCCAGGACCCCAGAAUGUGACCUUCGUUGGAAAUAGGGUCUUUGCAGCUGUAAUUAGUUAAGAUGAAGUCACACUGAGCCCCAAAUCCAAUGACAGACGCUCUUACAAGACGAGGAGGGGCCUGCAGAGAGAAGCCAGGUAAUGACAGCGGCAGAGAUGGGGCGAGGUGUCCACAUACCAAGGGGCGCCGGGAAUCACCAGCAGCGCCCGGGGCGGGCAGAGACCAGGGACAGGCUCGCCCCUCAGAGCCUCCAGGAGCCCAGCCGGCCCACACCUGGUUCUCGGACUCCUGGCCUCCAGAACGACCAUAAAAGCACAGAUUUUUCCUUUUCCUUCCUCCCUUCCUUCCUUCCUUCCUCCCUCCCUCCCUCCCUUCCUUCCUUCCUUCCUUCCUUCCUAUCUUCCUUCCUUCCUUCCUUCCUCUCUCUCUCUUUCUCUCUCUCACCUUCUCUUUGGCUUGUGGGAUCUUAGUUCCUUGACCAGGGAUCAAAUCCAGUCCCACGGCAGUGAAAGUGCAGCGUCCCAACCACAGGCGCAGGAAGGAAGUCCCCGAAUUUCUGUUGUUUCAAGCCCCCCAGUCUGUGGUGCUUUGUUAUAGCCGCCCCAGGGAACGAGUUCCCUCCAAAUAAACUCCCUGC